GAUGCCGCUGAGCAGUCAGACGACCGUGUCGGCUCCGGCGCUGGCUGUAGACGAGCAUUAGUGUGUGACGACGAGAGCCAUGAAGAAACACCUGAGUCCCGCCAAACAGCAGCAGCAGCCGUCGCCGGCGGCGGCGGACGUCCCUGCUGCCGGUGGCUCGCUGGCCGUCCAGCAGCUCAACCAGCUGCUGUCGGACGGCAGCGGCUUCUACAACCUCCCCACGCAGCACUUCAACGAGGUCUUCCCCAGGAUCUACAUCGGUAACGCGUUUGUAGCCCAGAACACGAUGCGCCUGCAGAAGCUCGGAGUGACACAUGUCCUCAACGUGGCGGAGGGAACCUCCUUCAUGCACGUCAACACCAGUGCCGAGUUCUACACCGGCACAGGCAUCACGUACCACGGCAUCCAGGCCAACGACACCGAGCAGUUCAACCUCAGUGCCUUCUUUGAGGAGGGGGCUGGCUUUAUCGACAAAGCACUCGCGCACAACGGUGGCAAAGGAAAGGUGUACGUCCACUGCAGAGAAGGCUACAGCCGCUCCCCAACCAUGGUCGUCGCUUACCUCAUGCUGCGCCACAAAAUGGAUGCGCGGCAGGCGCUGGCCGCCGUGAGACAUAAGCGGGAGAUCGGCCCUAACGACGGCUUCCUUCGUCAGCUGUGCCAGCUCAACGAGAAGCUGGCGACGGAGGGCAAGCUGAACGGGGAGGUUGGCAAAAUAAAGACCAAAUGAAUCUCCCGGAGCCCUCUGCUCCGUGUCCUCCCAUCAGGCCUUUCACAGGCUGUAGCUGCUCGGGGAAGCCCCCCCCCCCUCCCUGACUGAACCAGCACCUAACUGAACACAUCAGGGGCAUUGUGACACAUACAUGCAUUUAUCCCCAUAGUAAACUAUUCGUCCUAUGUGCAUAUAUCCACGCUCACACACACAUUUACCUUCAAAUCUUUAGUCCAUGUCUGUCACUGUUCUUCAGAGUGUGAUACUGAAUUCAAACUGAAUCCCCCAGCCUCCGUUUUGUAGCUCCACACCCCCUUUUGCUGCACUAUCAGCGCUGCUGAAAGCAUUCCUUCAGUUUCCACGAGCUAAGAAAGUGACAACUUUACCCACACUUUUGAAAUGUCUUCACAAAUUUGUACAAAAGACAGGAUUAUAGCACAAUCAUUCCAUAGUUUCCCACUGCCGGAAUGUCAGUGAUGUCUCGGCCAUCAGGAGGGCUCCAAAAAAUCCCAGAUAAGCUCCUGAACAUCAGAACUGGGUGAUGCGUCCAAAACCAACGCGGGCAGAUGGAGGAAAAACCCCAAACAUUCCAUGAAAAGUGACAAAGGCAUCCGGACCCAAUCCCUGAAAUUCAAACGUCUGUCUGUUGAGGCAGACGCUUAAUGCACAAACACACUUCUCCAUCGACGUUCCAUCGGAUGUAAACUGUUGCUCACUUCGGGCCUCUGGUUUGAAAAGUCCUCGUAGACACAGUCGGCCUGCAGAAAAACAGCAAUUAAAAAUGAUAAAUGCAGCAAAUGUUCAUUUGUUUUGGGAGUCUAGUUAUCGACACGUCCACUAAUCUAAGACCUUUCUAUCAAAUACGCUCUUUAAAAAAAAAAAAGAUGGUAUGUGUCUUCUUCUACGGAAGAGUAUUA